CGCAUGCGUGAGAGGUCCUGAGCAGUGGGUGCGGAGAGCGCAUUCGCAUUUUUCACUCCUAUAAGUGGUAUUAUUUGCCGUUUUUGUGUGUUGGAGAUGGAGCUUGAGGGUGGUACUUAUGAGCCUGGGUUUGUGGGAAUCCGGUUCUGUCAAGAAUGCAACAACAUGCUGUAUCCGAAAGAAGACAAAGAGAACCGCAUUUUACUCUACGCAUGCAGGAACUGCGAUUACCAGCAAGAAGCCGAUAACAGCUGCAUCUAUGUCAACAAGAUCACACACGAGGUUGAUGAACUAACUCAGAUUAUAGCAGAUGUGUCCCAAGACCCCACCCUGCCUCGUACUGAAGACCAUCCAUGUCCCAAGUGCGGACACAAGGAGGCGGUGUUCUUCCAGUCUCACAGCAUGAAAGCUGAGGAUGCAAUGAGGCUAUACUAUGUGUGCACAGCGCCUCACUGUGGACAUCGCUGGACUGAGUGAAGAGGAGCGGGAGGAAGGUGGCGCAUACGUACAUCAAAAUGAUCUCAGGCCAGCGGAGAUGCUGUCUGUCACAGGGUUGUGUCUCCAUGUCCUCUGCGACUGGCUUCCACAUCGGAACAGAAACUGCUUUCCGUGGUGUUGUUGUGUGACUGGUGUUUGAGAGGAACAGCAAACAACUGGCCGAUUUUUUUUUUUUUUAAUUUAGUUUUAUUUUUGUCAG